AUGGAGGAGUAUGCUGAUAGGCUGAGGGAUGUAUGUGUUAGAAUAGCUGAAGCUAAUUUGGCUAUGCAACCUGAACAGUUUAGGUUUGCACGGAGAAGUGUAGACUUUGUUGGGCAUAAUAUGUGUGACUUUGAAGAAAACCCCAAUAGUGUGGCAACUCAAAAUAUUUUGUAUUUUGUGUCGUAUGACGCGAGUGAGCAGGAUGAUGUCAAGAUGUGCGGGCCGCUAAAACGGGACGAGCAAGGAACUGUUAAAACAGCGUUUGGGAACUGGGGUCAUAUGACGCGAGCUUAUAAACCUUCUUAUUUGAACUCAAGAAAGGAGCGUAUGCCAGAAAGGAGUUGGAAGCUUUGGUCGAUGUGCACGGUAACGGAUCAUCAAAAAGACUUGGUGCAAUUGCAGUUGACUGAGGACUUCCGAAAGUUGAUGGUGUUGACACUUGACUUGUGGAAGGGAGUGUUUUUUUCUGGACAAACAGUGAUCCUAGUUGGUGUAGGCAUUUCAUGCUCUGGAACUCCUUCUACUGGAGGGAUAGUUCCAGGAGUUGUGGCUGGCAUAAACGUGUCGAAGGUGACUCCUCACUCGCUGACAGUGGAGUGGGAGGAGCCUACCUCAGCGCCCCGCUGCACUCGAGGAUACAGGCUUGUGCUGAGCCAGGAUAGUAAGUUCAAGCAGCAGAUAGACUACAUAACAGUCGAUAUAUCAGAGAACAUGAAGUACACCUUCACUGGGCUCGACCACUGCUCUCUCUACUUCAUCUCUGUCAGAGCUUUACCAGAAGACACUUCACGAAGUAAUCCAGUAAUCUUCAAUAAUUUUGAAAAUGAACCCACAUUCUCGUUUACUUCUAUAAUAAGUAAUGCCACUGUGGAAAAUCUGACCAUUGAUAACUUUUCUGAAGACCAAAUAACAAUUUCUUGGAAAUAUUCUGAUCCUUCGCUCGCCUGCCUUUUCGAGUUUAAAGUGGAGGUAAAAUCAAGGACAGCCCAUCGCAUCCACAGCUCUAGGUCCAUGAACUUCAAGAUCAAACAGUUAAAUCCUUGUACAGUUUAUGACAUUCACGUGACGGCCAUGUUUGGGGGAGGAUUGCCAUCGCAACAGUCAGUUGGUAUAACAGCGCAUACACUCCCUCGAGAAAAUCUUUUGAAUGAACCAGUACAACACAUACAAGUGCACAACAAAAGUGACAUAUCCCUGACUGUCUCUUGGGUAGGCCCAAAGAUGGGAAUGAAUUGUGUGGAGACUUAUAUAAUUGACACUAAAGAUUCAAUAGGUAAUACAGUUUCUUAUGAGCAGACUAACCAAACCAUUUUUGAGCUUAUUAACCUCAAAAAAUGUGAGGUUUACUAUGUCCAUAUCAGGCCCAACUACUAUGGUACUACCAGCACAGCCUCUACACUACAGCAGCUCGGAGACUCAGUUAUUGUGACAAAUACUACAACUCAAGACAAUGUUGUGGUGGAGUUACGAAUGAAGGCUGAAUGGAACAGCCUGCAGCUGGCCUGGACGUUACCAAACACAUAUCGCAAGUGUGUGAGCGAGUAUGUUGUGCAAGUGUGUAGUCGCUUGGGUUGCCUGGAUGAGGUGACGGUACACGGUAUGUCGUACUCUGUCUCCAACCUGAGUGUCUGCACACUGUACAAGGCCUCAGUAGUAGUCAAGCUCUCCGAGAGCAGGUUGUCCAGCAAGAAUGCCACGGUCACACAGCUGACCAGGUCUUCAGAACCUCUGAAGUCACAACUGUUCUAUCAAGUGAAAAAGACAUCAGUGGAGCUUCAGUGGCAAGUGUUGAACAUGCCAUCUGAAUGUGGUAAAACAUUCGUUUUUUCAACUUUGAGCGCAAAUGGUUCCAUUAUUGACGAGAAGAAAUUUGAUUAUAUUCGUAGGAUGUACAGCGUGUUAGAUUUAAAGCCUUGCCAAAGCUACUCUUUUGAUCUUAAGCUUGUGGAUGAGAAUGGCUCUUCUACGAUUGAUUACAAUUCUGUUAACGUGGUCACACAAGCUUCAGAUGAUAUGACUGUCAGCAACCUCGAGAUGGGCCGAGUAUCCCAUCACUCAUUGUACCUAAAGUGGUUCCUGCCAGAAGAGUCCAGUGUGUGUGUGUCAAACUACAUGGUGACGUUUCGCACCACCGACAAUAGGACUAUAAAGAACCAGACUCAUGACAAAAAUAUCACCUGGUCAGAUGAAAGUCCCUGCAAAUUGGAUUCUGUUUCAGUUCACAUAAUGAGUGAAAAACAAAUAAGAGGUGUUCCAGCCGUAAUAGACGUUCGGCAAAGAUUGGAAGAUGAGAAGUUUUUGUCGUUUAAAGUGAUCAAAAUAGCCAGCAGGGAAGUAGAAGUGCUAUUGACAAGUAUAUCGUUCAUUUGUGUCAAAGAAUAUGAGGUCAGUUGGUACACCUCUGGUUCUGAUGUCAUAAUCUCGCCAUCCACUAAGUUCAACCGCAGUGUCUCUACAGGUCAUCUGCUACCCUGCACCGAGUACAUGGCUGUGGCCCAACCAUGGAACGAUCGCUUCAGGCUUCAGACUAUCACUCGUAACGUAACAACUAAAUAUGAAGAACCGAAGCUGACACUGAACAUCAGUGCCAUACCUCGUGGAUUUAACAUUUCCUGGCAAUUAAAGAAUGUAGAAUCUAGAAGAUGUUUGCAUUAUAUCAGAAUAUCCACAAGAUCCAAAUUCAGUUUCCAUGAGGUGAAUGUUUCGUCUUCUUCGACUGUAGAAAUAAGUAAUUUGGUACCAUGCAGGACUUACACUAUAACAACUCAAGUAGUGGGGAUUGGUGGUAAACUUGGUAAGGAGUCAUUUGAGAGUUCAACAGUCAGCCCCCAAGUGUUUCCAGCUCCAGGCGAGGCAACUAUAUUAAAUCUUACAAAAACGAUGGUAGUGUUGGAGUGGAAAAUCGAUAUGUCAGAUUCGGACUGCCGAAUCACUAAAUUUAUUGUGAAUUGCGAGCCUUUGGCAGGAAACGUGAACUACACCCACGCCUCACUAAUAACAGUCACCAUCACAGGGUUACAGCCCUUCACACAAUACAAAUGUAAAGGAGUAGUCGUCAACGAUGCAGGAUCAUCCUAUUUCUCAGAAGUUACUUUCAGUACAGCAAUGGAUGUUCCUAGCCAACCAAAGAAUGUGACAGUGACUGCCAUCUCGAGCUCUGAAGUGCGAGUGCAAUGGGGUGUCCCAGACCAGAAGUUUGGCACAAUCAACAACUACACUGUUAUACUCCAGAACCGCACAUUGAGGUACGAGGUAGCACCAGGGUGCCAGCUGCCAACCCUCCAGCCUCUACAGAUGGUAGUGAACGGAACUACGACAGCUGCGGUGAUCACAGAACUACCAGCCGAAAUGCAGUUCCUAGCGACUGUAGCGGCCGCGACUAAGGGCGGCCCCGGACCUCCAAGUGCGCCUGUCACUUCUGCAACUCUCCCUGGAGUGUCCGAUCCGGUCCGCAACAUGAGUGUGACAGUGACACAGAACUCCACUAAAUUGUGGUGGCUCCCUCCCUGCAACACAGGUGGACCUCUCGGUCAGUUCCUGGUCCAGUUAAAUGGUUCUACGACUCUCCAUCAUAAACUACUGCUGGAAAAUCCCUUGAACGACAGUUACAGCGAUAUAUACAACAAUUCCCUUCUGAAAGCAGAGUCUGCUCAUAAAGUAACAAUUAUACCAGUUGGUUAUAGUGGAACAUAUGGUCAACCUAAAUCUGAAAUCUUCACUGUCCCUCCAAGAAUUCCUGCUGAACCUGAUAAAGAGAAGUUUAAGUCCUUGCCGCCAGUUGAAUCUUCCAGUCGGUCCGCAGUUGUCACCAUCCACAGAGACACUUUCCCCAACACUGAGGGCACUGUCCGCUACUUCGCUGUUCUCCUGGCUGAGAGUUUCCCACAUGGACCAAGUCACGGUUGGCUGACAAACGGAACACAGUUUACACUCAAAACUUGGGCUAUGGCUCGCAAGUGCAGGCCUAUACCUCCCUAUCAGGCUGAUGCACCCUGGCCAAACCCUUUUCUAUCGUCAUCCCUGGAAGAGCUCAAAGUGGAAGUGGGAUCGCAGGAGUGUUCUGAGACAGACUACGCAGCUUACUGCGACGGUCCCCUGGAGUCUGGCACUGCCUACGAGCUGAGGUUCAGAGUAUUCACUGCUACAGGAUACCGGGACUCCCAGUCUAUCAAGUUUCAGACAGAACACCCAACUGCAACCUUUGCUAUUGUUGUGAUACUUAUUAUACUGACAAUUGUAAGUGUGACCAGUGUUAUUGUCUGGAGGAGAUGGAGUGAGAAAAAAAAUAAAACAAUACUCAAGAAGAAAUCGAAACUGAGGAGAACUAAAUCUUCUGAAUUGAGUGAGGGUCUAACCAUCGAACAGUUUUUGCAACAGUCUGAAGAGGUUUUGUCAUCGCCAGGUCUGUUAAAGACAGAGUUUAAUAUUUUGGAAAAUGAAAACAACCAGUAUCCUCAAAUGAUUGCAAAGUUGCAACAUAACAAAUGGAAAAACAGAUACGGCAAUAUUUUCCCAUAUGAUGUAAAUCGUGUCAUAUUGGAAGGAGAUGAUAUAAAUGACUAUAUCAAUGCUUCUCAUGUCAAGUUAAAAGAAGCCAAGUCAGUAAAUUACAUAGCUUGUCAGGCACCGAAAGCUAACAGCUGUGGAGACUUUUGGAGAAUGAUUUUCCAGUUUCGUGUGAACAUCAUUGUAAUGCUAUGUAUGCCAGUUGAAAAAGACAAGGAAAAAUGCUUCAUUUACUAUCCAAGUUCAACAGACGUUGUCAUGUACGACGAUAUUGCUGUCUACUGUCGUAAGGAAGAAGAGUUCUUGAAUUAUAUCGUCAGAGACAUUGUUGCUGAUAAGGGGGGCGUUACACUGGAAGUGAAACAGUUUCACUUCACUGCAUGGCUAGAUUUUAAAGUGCCAGAAUCUCCAGACGUAAUGGUGAAGUUUGUUGAUGCCGUACAACACGUGAGCAAAGGCAAAGAACACUAUAUGGCUGUACACUGUAGCGCAGGAGUUGGCAGAACAGGUACAUUUAUAGCUAUUGAUGCUCUAAUGAGGUUGAUACGUCAAAAGUGGAACUGCACAUUCAACAUAUUUGACAUAGUGCACAGGAUGAGGCAACAGAGGUGUAAAAUGGUACAGACAGAGGGCCAAUACAAAUACAUCUACGAGUGCCUGAAAUAUGCUUUAGAAAAUAACAGGACUCCCUUUAUAAAAGUGAGAAUUCAUUUAUACAAGAGAUCUAAGAAAGGAAGGAGGUUAGGAAGAGCAGACAGUAAGGAGCUGAUACAGCUGAAAGAUCUGUCUAGUCCUUAAAUCCCUGUAGCGACCUGGCUGCACCACCACGUACUUCAUUUACAACGCUGUUGCCUCAUUAUCCAUUUACAGAUCCUAGACCAUAAAAUGCCUAUGCAUAUGUAGACCUAUUAUAUACUAUCUAUAUUCUACUAUCUAUAUAUAUUCUAGAUUUUGUAAGAUAAUUUAAAACACAACUAUAAAUAAAGUACAUUCUCAAUCGGUUUAUUACAAUUAAACAGUAAUAUAAAACAGUGUUGUCACUAAUAGUCAAUAUUAAAAUCAAGUGUUCUAGGGAAAUGAUAUCAGCACCACUUUAAACAUAUUAUGGUCAAUGUAUUACUUUAUAAAAGGAAUAUUUUAUUAAGUUAUCAAUUUUCAUAUGUGGCUCUGUUCAACUAAUAAAUAUAUAUGUUGAGUAAUAGCAAUCUCAAAAUAUUUUGUUACUUUGUCAUGAAAUUCAGUAUGCUUAAACUCCUACUUCGUACUCCAAUAAUUCCUUGCCAUAAAGUUUAUACUUGAAAUCUUUGGCAAAUAAUAAACCCCUCAGCACUUACCUUUUCAUUUAGUAUUUUUUGACAUUGUUUUCUGCUUUGAGUGAAAAUAUACUUUAUUAGAAGGGAUUUUCCAUACCUACAAUACUGCUAGCUUUAUCUUGUAGAAAAUAUUCAUCCAUACAGAAGAAGCACAAUUAAUUGGCAAAAUAUUUUGUAUAUAAAAGAACAUAAAACAAAAUAUAUCUAUUUAACAUUGACUUAACCUUCCUACUGACAUUCAUGUGUGAAAAAAUAAGUAACAUAAACUAGACAUUUCUAAGAAAAGGCACAGUUAUAAAAGACUUAAAUAAAAUGUAACGCCUUGUUUUGUUUAAUUUUUGUAUUAUACUAAACGAUUGUAAAGUAAAUCUAAAAAAUAUAGGAAUGAAAGUAAUAAUCUUGGUUGUUAGACAGGGCAGACGUAAUAAAAUGCUCUUUUUAUGUGAAUCAUUGUAUAUUCUACAAUUUAUAAAUUAAUAUGGCAUCACAUUAAUGUUUAUCCUGAGUUGUAUAUACAUUUGACAUCAUAUAGCAGAUCUUGAUGGUUGGUGUGACUUUAACAUAAAUAUUUCCUUAUUUAUAUUGACAGCAUUUCUUAUGUUUUUUACGAAACUUUUUUGGUGUUAUCUUAAACAUAGGUACCGUAAUUUUUGCUGUAUUUAGCAUUGUAUACUAUAGCUAUAGUAGUAUCGAAAUGUAGCAAGUUCGCUUGCAAACAUAACAAGAUCAUUGUGAUGUGUGUUCCCCAACAUCAGACAAUACUGUUUGUCUAAUAUCUGUAGUGAAAGAGUUUAACCUUGUGUACAAUAUCAAUAGUUGAAACCAUAUAUAACACA